AGUGUUCGAAUGUUCUUAUUUAAUUGCUGGUGAAUAGAGAAGUAAUAUGGCUGUAGUGUCUCCCUCAAUGGUCUGGCACUUCGAAUCUCAGCUGGAUUUCUGUUCAUUCUGCGACUUUCUAGUUUACUUUCCCACUGAUGGUACGUGUCGGUCUUGACUGACUAACAACUUGACAAGUUAACCUUUGGGCUUUGAGGAGGAAGUCUUAGCUACACCUGUGCUAGGCGAGGAACAAGUGGCAACAAAAAUCGACUCUGAUAGUACUAUGCUUUGGUGGCUUAAUCCAGGCAUCCAGAUUAUCUAGUUCGCAUGGAAAUACAGUACCUUCCCAUCAGAUUUGGGUGAAGAAUCUAGUGACAACGUUUCAAUCAGCCAUUAGGCCUAAGGCUUACCAGGAGAGUGCUUGGGAGGAACCAGAAGUUCUGCAGAAUGACACGUACCGGCGACUUUUCUUCAGGGAAGAAGAAUGACAUAUACUUCAUAUGCUACAAGAAUCAUAUGCUGCUAUUCGGUGGAAUUCUGUGGUUGUCUCUCUUUCUUAUAGCCAGUGCACAAAGAAGUGAACAAGAGAUGGCUACUUCUGAAGGCUCCGCCACAAGUAGCUACCAAGCCGUGCAAGGAGACGAUGUUCAAAAUUAUGGGACUACCAUUAGUACCUAUCACCAAGAGAUGGCUACUUCUCCUGAAGGCUCCGCCACAAAUAGCUACCAAGCCGUGCAAGGAGACGAUGUUCAAAAUUAUGGGACUACCAUUAGUACCUAUCACCAACAGAAUGAAUAUGCGACGAACACAGUUUCCAAAGGGUCCACUACAGACAGUUAUCAAGAUGACGAGGGGCCUCGUGGUUGCAUCUGCAGUCGGCGUGGACCUCAAGAACAGAGGCAUAUGGAAAUGGACAGUUUCAUUAAAAGCUUGGAAAUGUGGAUUAUGUUCGGUCUCGCAAUGCAAUGCAUAGUUCUUGUGUGCGUGUCGCUUGCUUUGGGCGCUGCCCUUCACGAAGCGAGAAAAUAAGUCACAAUAGCAAUUGUUGUUGUAUGAACACUGAGUUUUCUCUGAAGUUAGCUAUUGGAACCAUCCAACGAAAAUUCAUGGUGACAUCGAUUAAUACACCAAGUUCCAUGGAACCUGCGAGCGAUCUUAACCACGGACUCUUUGAAUGUGUCCUUAACGUAGAUCCUUAACGUAGAUGAAUAGAGAAGCCAUCUAAACCAAGCUUUAUAGUGUUGUAUUUAUUGGUUUUACUUGGGUUAAAAAAAUGCUAUUAUGAUACAGGCUGAGGCUGACGUCAUUAAUUCCAUCUCAGGGCUAUUGGGAAGAUGUGAUUUUUUCCCCAACUUAUAUGCUUUUAAUCGUAUGAGGACUAUUUGCAUGGUGCAUAAUUCCAUAUAGAUUCAUGCGUAUAGCGCGUCUUCGAAAGAAUAAGUUAUGAAAAUUGUUAGAAAAAAUGUACCUAUGUGGAAUUAUGAAAGAUUUUUUCCAGUUCGUCUCUUAUUUGUGUUUUCUCAAUUUUACUUUUAUUUCUAAAAUCAUCAUAUUUUUAUGUGCUGUUGAUUAUUGUAUAGAUGUAUUCUAUAGAUUACUAUUUUUAUCAAUGUGAUUUUCCAGUCAUUAUCAGUAUUGGUGCUAUGUAUAUAUAGAUUAAUGUUAACUUGUUGCAAACUGAGUUUUUAACAAACUCCUGGAAGGUAGAAAGAGCUAUUCGAGGUUCCACACGGAGUAGAAAGUAAGAGAAUGCGACAGAGAUGAAUAAAGCUGUAGCAGCUGAAUACAGAGAAAAACUCUGGAAUCCUAUUUAUCAUCUGUGAUAGAGAAACACGACUUCCUGCUCUUACCGAGCUUUGGAUAAUCCUUGGAGGAAUUCUAAAAUAGAUAUGAAAUAUGUAUGCAAGCAUUAUUUACAUACAUUCGCACACAUACACACACUGCUAUAUACUGUCUGAGAUUUCACUGAGUGAUUAUCAGAAAUCUUCAGGCAAUAUCAUGGGAAUGCCAAUUAUGGAAAUGGCCAGUUGAUGUUUUGGCAUCAGUUCUUAGAAAAGACACGUCAUUAGCCAUGGAUUUAAUUAUUCACGGAAACAUAUUCUAACUCUGUUUUUUUUCUCGGUAACGUAAAGUUUUUAAUGAAAAGUUGUUUAUUUCCUAUUCUUACAGUAAGAAAGGUCAUCUCAAUAACAUUUAAGUAGUGUGAUUGGUUGCUUUCAGGUGAUGCAAUCACAGCUGAUUUGUCCAAUAUUAUGGUAUAUGAUUUCGAUUAUUAUAUUUAGCAUAAAGAUUUGAAAAUAUUUGAAUAAUAAUUAUAUUACGGAUACAAGAAUGAUAUUUUAAAUAUAAAUUUUAUUCAAAUGACGCGAAAUAAGAGCAAAUAUUUAUUAUUUAAAA